AUGGACGAUGGUCGUAAUCUGGUAGCAGAAAGCCUUCGGGAUGCAAUUCAAGAGAGAUUUAAAUCAGCUUCUGUUCAUAUCUAUAAUGGUCGAAAAAAAUCAUUUGAGGUUACUGUAAAUGAUCAACUGAUUUUUUCAAAACUGAAAUGCGGUGGUUUCCCAGAUACAGAAGCCAUUAUUUCUGAGUUGGUUGCAAUAACAAACGGUGAAACACCAAAAGAGGUGACCAAGUUUGAACCUGAAUGCAGUAUUCUUUAAGUCAACACUACUGUCUUUCUCUUUCCCUGCUUGCGUGUGUGUGUAUGCAUGGAGUGAAUAAGCAGGCAGACGAAAGUUCAAACAAAAAAAGACAAAUUAAUGACGUGUACAAAGCAAAAUAAUCUUUUAACCUUUGUACACCGAUGAAAAAAUUGUCUUACUUUCGUCCUGUUUUAUGCUUAUUCUCUCCUGCUUCAUUGUUUGUUUCCAUUGAGUGAUGAAUACCUACCACCAAUUGUGUGUAUGGAUUGUCGUUUUUCGUCGCCGUCUUCUUCUUCUUCUUUUUAGCAUCUCCUGUUUCAAACCUUUUUUUUCACUCACCUUUCCAUUUUGUGAUAGUCGAUUGUUGAAAUGUUUAGUAUUUCUAAUUUGUGAUUUGUUAUUCCAUUGAACAGUGAUAUAUGAUUAAUUAAGGUGUCUCUUUCUUUGCGUAAAUUAAAUUUAAAAAUAUAAGAUGAAUUUUUCUAUAUGCUUAGUUUUAAUUCCCUUACUGAGCAUACAAUAUUUCGUGUGACUUAGGUAAUAAGAUUGUUUUUCUUUCGGGAUGGGCUGGGUGUGUGUGUGGGUUGAAGGUGUAUAUAUCUGAUCAGUUUGAGUUCCAGUUGGUUGUACAGUGAGUGGUGAAAAUCUGUCUGUCUGGAUUCAACAUAGAAUUUGGCACCGAAGUGCAGCAGUUCGAGUUGCCACGUUCCAAAUACCACACAAAGGUAGACAAGAAGAUGAGUGAUGAAGAGAAUCAAUAGAGUUUUGACAAGUAUAAGAGUGAAACAGAAUGAGUAAUGGUAGAAAGUAAUAUGAAAGAUUACAGAGACUGAAUACAUCUGCGUAAGCCAUUGACAACGAUUUUGAGCCAUGUCACCUAUUGUCUCCAGCCAUUGAUUCUUAGAGUCCCGAGGGCGGGCCCCAACCCGGAAGUCUGCAUCUCCCUACCUGACUCAGUUUAACUGUCAGGGAUUUCAUGGAUUGAUUGAUGCCAUGUUUUUGUUUGGCCACCACUUACUCUUUUCCAACCUGCACCUAUAUCAGGUGGUAAUGCCCAUCGGGGGAGGCGAUGGUUAGGCAUGCGCAUCACGUGACCUAGCCAUCUCAAUCUAUGUAACUUUAUAGCGUCGUUGAUUGAUUUUCCCUCUUUGCCCAACACUCUACGCCUAACGUCAACAUUACUUACCUUAUUAUGCCACCUAACGUGAGAAAGAGAUCGUAGACAUCUAUGAAAAUAUGUUUAAUUUAUGUAUUUGUAAGUUAUGCAUAAGAGCCGAUUGUUCAACAAAUAUGCAGGAGAAAAUGAAAUUGGAUUAGGUAUACGUUUAGGAGGUCAUCGAAUGACAUCGCGCGCAAUGGGGGUUGUCGGGACGAGG